UUCAGCUCGACAUGCUAUUAAAAGCACUUUGUUUUUUAGUGAAAUGUACACAGAUUUUUAAUUCCUGUCAUUGUUUAUUAAUUGAUAAAGAAUCAAGGAUAUUUAUAUUAUAUUUUAAUUUUUCAUUAAAAUGACUGGAAUUGGAAAACCAACGACUUGUAAAGAUGCCAUUCGUCGUUGGGAAGAAGAAAAUGGACAAGACGCUUCUGCAGCAACCGAAGUGAUUUUUAGUUUUCAAUGGCCCCCAAUCGAAAAAAUGGAUAAUUCCUUGGCCACCUUAUCCAACUGUGAAAAAAUUACCCUCUCUACGAAUAUGAUAGAAAAAAUCUCAGGUAUAAGUUCAUUGAAGAAUUUGCGAAUCCUCUCUUUGGGUCGUAAUUUAAUUAAGGGAUUCACUGGAAUUGAAGCCUUGGGCGAUACACUCGAAGAGCUCUGGAUAUCGUAUAAUUUAAUAGAAAAAAUGAAAGGUAUUAAUGCAAUGAAAAAUUUGAGAGUAUUGUAUAUGUCGAAUAAUUUGGUUCGAGAGUGGAACGAAUUUUCAAAACUGCAGGAAUUGCCAAGUCUUCGAGAAUUGCUCUUCGUCGGAAAUCCAAUGUGCGAUGGAGUUGAGUCUGAAGGCUGGAGAAUGGAAGUAGCAAGACGAUUACCAAAUUUAGAUAAAUUGGAUGGAGAACCCAUUAUACGGUCAGAGGAUGGAAUGCAGGUUCAAGUUAAUAAGCCUGAAUCAUCAACUCAGAAUUCAAAAUCAUCUGAGUCUAAUUUCCCGUAG